CUGACUGAAAAGUGGAAAAAGUGUUCCAGGUUGGGGAUGCAGUCCGGUGCUCGAACAGGCUGCGGUGUUUGUCGAACGGUGUUUUAGGGGAAUAAUUGGAGAAAAAGUGGUUUUAAUCCGCUGUUACUUAUAUCAGACAUCCUGCAGUUGCUACACCCUGUCAGGCUUCAUGUGUGUGAGAUGGCGGAUGUCUGAGAUUUUAAAUGCAUGUACACAAAGUCAUUGGACAGCUGUUAAACUCUUAAAAUAUUGAAUGUCAAAGCUUCAGCUUCAAGUCACACUUGUCACAGGUUUGCUUUUCAUUUCAAUGUUUACUGCAAAUUGCACAGUGUUUGUUCCAGUGUUUGAUAGCCUCCACUUAAUGGAGGAUUUGCUCUGUUGGAGGCUGUAUUAUUAUAAGUGCACAUACUUUACCAGCUUCUACACGACUCUAUAAUCUCUGUAUUUAUUCAUGUAUUCACAGCAGGGCAGAGCAAUUUCAUACUAAUGCAAACACAUCUUGCUAAAAGCUCCAACAGUGUGUUCAGGCUACUUUAUUUUGUAAAAUAUAUGUUUAACUGUCAGAUGCCUCCAGUUUAAUAUUUGCUUAUUAGCACAGACUUCUGUCCCAGAAUGCAUCACACCCUGUAACUCGGGGUCUUGUCACAGAUAAGGUGAGGCAGGUCAGGGCUUAGUGGUGGCAGACGAUUAAACCAGUCAGUCAUGUUGUCCGGAGUCCAGCCCUGCUUCCAGCUGCUCCGGAUUGGUUCCUCAGUGAGCAACUCUGAGCGGGAUCUGUACACAUUCCGACCGGCGCUAAGCCACUCUGUGUUCCGCCUGGGCCGGGCGGCCGAGCUGUGCGAUGUCACGCUGGAUUCGGUGUUGGUUUCUCGGAUCCACGCUGAGCUGCAUGUUGAGAGAGAAGGAAGAGGUGGAGACACUGUGCCGCAGGAGGAGGCCUGGAGGGUCCACAUCAAGGACAGGAGCAUUCACGGCACCUGGGUCAACGAGGUCCGCCUCCAGCCUGGCGUUCAGUGGGAGCUGUCAGAUGGCGACACGUUGACAUUUGGUGGGCAGUCGGCACCCGGGAGCCCAGAAUUCUAUUUUCUCUUUCAAAAGGUCAAAGUUCGGCCUCUGGACUUUGACGCCAUCACUAUUCCAAAGGCGGGAACCUUCUCCUCUGACAUACAGAACCGGAUCAGGACCAACCUGGACCAAAAGGCGGCAUCCAAUAUCGACCUGUCCAGCCUGUCAAUCAACCGGGCCACCGUCAUCCUCAACUCUAUCGGCAGCCUCAGCAAGAUGAAGGGCAGCACCUGGACCUUUAAGAGGAGCAACAGCCACGGUGGAACCUCCUCGGACCCGGGCUGCUCCUCCUCGCCGCCUCUAGCUGUAGGCUUCUCGUCCCUGCUCCCUCCCUCCACGCCUCCAUCGUUCACUGCUGCCUCCUCGGCUUCUUUGACGAAGUCCCUCCCACCGGCUUCCAGGAACAGGAGAAAGUCUGCGCACACGGUGCUUCUAGAGGAUGACAGCUCGGACGAACCUCGACGUCAAGGAGCUGUGGGAGUUGUGGAAGAUGGUCAGAGAGCACGAGGGAAAAGACGGCGCCUCUACAAAUCCGAGUCAGAGGGUUUCAGCUCCCCUCCACCUCUGCCACUCCAGCCCAAGAGCCACCACGACAUCAGGCGGCUGAUGGAGGCCAAAUCCUUCCCCGUCGGCAUCAGGACCAUUGGCAGUUUCCACGGUGCCGUGACGAACAGCAGACUCGGCCACCAGCAUCUCAUCCAGGCGUCCUACGGCAACCCCGACUUUCACAAGCAAGAGCUGCAGACGCACCACGUCCAGAUGGUGAAGCACGCAAACCUCGUAGCCCUCCGCCAACAGAAAGUCACACUGAGGCCUCGGUCGGCACCACGAGGCAGGCGGAGGGCUCACAGCGCUGCAGUCUUCUCCCCUCUAGUGGUGGGAGGGGAGAGCUACAGUUUGGCCUCACCCUCGGUGAGGAUCUGCACAGAAGACAGAGGCGGGAGUCACUGCAACAGAUUUCACCAUCCAACAGGAAAGCGACAGGGACGCCCGAGAAAACAUCCUCCACCUCCUCUGCCUUCCCUCCCCUCUCCUUCAUCUUCUUCUUCCUCAUCCACCUCCUCUGCCUCGGGCUCCUCCUCCUCGGGCUCCUCAUCUUCCUCCUCUGAGGACGAGGAUGAUGACGAUGAAGAGGAGGAGGGGCUAAUCGGAGCUGUGGAACCGUGCGCAGCCCCACGGUGUCGCCUGCCCCAGCAGGACACGGUGCAGUGGAUCCAGUGCGACGUGUGUGACGCUUGGUACCACAUAGACUGUCUCCACGUGGACCGCAAGAAACUCCUGAUGGACCCCAAUGCCGACUUCCACUGUGGCUGUCGCUGACACAGUGAGGCACUGCAUUGGACCGUGUUGGAACCAAAUGAAAUUUCAAGUUGAGUCAGAUUGUUUUACGCCUGAUUUAUUUUUGUACAAUCACAGCCGCGGACUUCAACAGAUCUCCCCUUAACGACAGACAUGUUCUGACGCUCUCCUCUAUUUAAGCACUUCUGCAGAAACAUUUUCCUUCUGCUUUUACAUCCUGACCUCCCGCUGCUGUGAAAUGCAGCGUGCAUGUUGCUCUGUUUCACGAUGAACACUGGAAGGUGAAAUCUUAAUGAAGCAUCAGAUUUAAUUCUAGUUUUAAAUGUUUGUAGAAGACGUAAUGUAAAAGUCUUAAUGCGCCGUCAUUGAAUGUGGUUAACAGAGUGCUUCAUUUCAGACGGCUGUGUUGGAUGUCUGUCAGUGUGAUUAAAACGCCGUUUUCAAAGAUUGAUCACCCAAAAACCACUGCUCAGGUUCCUGUCCACUUUGGAGCAACUUGAAUGACUUAGUCCAUGAGCCAGUAGACAGUUUUCACCACCACCCUGGGAUGGCCACCGUAGUUUUGUGUUGGUUAUGGUGCACUGAGGCUGGAUUGUAGGUGUUGUUUGUUCCCCUUAAGUGGAACUGAAAACCUGCUUGUCUGUGGACUAACUGAACAACAGAAGAAGAUGAUGAUUAAAAUAUUAAGUAGAACAUUUCAAGUUGUUUGAAUUUUUUUCCCC